GGGCACUGCUCUGUGUAUAUCACCGGGUGACCCUUCGCGUGAGCCACAUCACGGACACAGCUCAGUAGAUGGCGGCGCCGCUGAUUGGCCGUUGCCAGGAGACCCAGCCUAAGACAGGGGGAGAGGACGGGACCAGCGCCCAUAGGCCGGGCAGGGAGACAUGACGGCGAUUGGCCGUUGCCGAGAUACAUAAUGUUAAUAGGGCGUGAAAGAAGAGACACCCGAGAGGCGGCUGCAGGGAACAUACAGUUACGGGGCAGAUGAUGAGGGAGACGCCGGCCGCCCGGUGCUGGCAGAUCGGGAGUACAAGGGGCACAUCCUGGGAGGAGACUGCACGCUGGGUGUGAGGUGCUGCCCCGGACCCUUCUGUCUGCUGCAGCCCCGGAGGAGACAGCAGCCUGCGCCAGCCUGUGCCCCCCAUCCGGCGUCAUGCCCCCUGCCCUGUGCCUGCUAUGCUCGGGCCUCCUGGCUGUCCUCCCGCACUUUGCCCGCUGCACCUCCCCGCCGGGCUGCUUGCUGAAGACUGUCACCGUGUCCACGCUGCCGGCGCUGAGGGAGCGGGAGCUGAGCUGGAGCGGUGCCGCCGUGUCCUCAGUGCAUCCCGGAGCGGGGGAUUCCCGGCUUCCCUUACAUGUCCACAGCGAGGCGCCCGGGAGCGUGUCCGUGAGGGACGACCUGCACAACACCGAGCCGCCCUACUUCACACUGGAGAUGUCUGGCAGCAGUGAGGACCUAUCUCUUAUACACUGGACCCAGAAAUGGUUGGAAAAUGGAACUCUUUACUUCCACCUGUUUCUGCGCAUGAGGGAACAUACUACACUCAGCACCCCUCCAACUGUGCAAGAGCCUGUGCCGGAGCUCGACGAACAGAUUCACGUCCUACAUGUAUCAGUCAUGGGUGGCCUGAUUGCAUUGCUUUUGCUGCUGCUCAUUUUCUCAGUUGCAUUGUUUGCUCAACGACGUUGGCACAAGCGGAGCAGGAUUCCCCAAAAGAGUGCCAGCACUGAAGCCACGCAUGAAAUUCACUACAUUCCCUCUGUACUGCUUGGACCUCCCUCACGGGAUUUCCGCUCAUCCAAGUUACAACCUCACAGCUCAGUUUUGAGAAUGUCCAUACGAGAGACACCAAUUUUGGAUGAUUAUGACUGUGAUGAGGAAGAAACCCCAAGGUGUAGAGAACGAGGAACUCAGCUGAAGUACAAAAAGCACGUGACACUGGAAAGAGAAGAAAAAAGAAAUGCACAAAAUAGAGAUCCAACAGGAUUUCUAAAGUCAGAGGAGAACUCUGGAUCAGAGACAGGAGAUGAGACACAGUUGACAAUCCAAGGACGGCAGCAUGAAAACCAACAGAGAAGCAAAGGUGCUCUGAAGAGUCCAUUGAGCCGAACAGCCCUGACGUUGGUCGGGGUGAGUGCCUGCGUGUUGGCUGUGGUUUGUGGGUCGCAAAUAUCCUGCCCACUCACCGUGAAGGUCACACUACAUGUGCCAGAGCACUUCAUCGCGGAUGGUAGCAGCUUUGUGAUCAGUGAAGGCAGUUCUCUUGAUGUGUCAAACUGGGUAAACCCUGCCCAGCUUUUCCUCUUCUAUCAAGUGAAUGCCAGCUCCCCAUGGGUACGAGAUCUUUGUGGUCAGAGAACUAUAGAUGCUUGUGAGCAGAUAUGUGACCCAGACACAGGUGAAUGCAGCUGCCACGAUGGGUACUCUCCAGAUCCAAAUCACCCACACCUGUGUGCACGCAGCGACUGGGGACAGAGCCAAGGGCCAUGGCCAUACAACACAUUGGAAAGAGGUUACGAUCUUGUAACAGGACAGCAAGCACCUGAGAAGACCCUCAGGUCCACAUACAGUUUGGGACAAGGUGUAUGGCUCCCAGUCAGUAAAAGCUUUGUAGUAUCCCCAAUGGAGCUGUCAAUUAGUCCAUUGGCCAGCUGUAAGACAGAUGUAUUGGUGACCGAAGAUCCUGCUGACGUCCGAGAAGAAUCUCUUCUAGCAACUCAUUUUGAAUCUGUUGAUGAUCUCCUAUCAUCCUUCGGUCCAGUCCGUGACUGUUCAUUCAGUAAUGGUGGCUGCUCACGUAAUUUCAAGUGUGUCUCAGAGCGCAAGGUGGACUCCACAGGAUGUGUGUGUCCUGUGGGGCUGAAGCCUAUGAAGGAUGGAAGUGGCUGCUAUGAAUACACCAAAGGAAUUGAUUGUUCAGAUGGAUCUAAUGGAGGUUGUGAACAGCUUUGCCUGCAGCAGAUGAUCUCCCUGCCAGAUAAUCCAAGCGAGAGUGCUAUAUACAUGUUCUGCGGUUGUGUUGAGGAAUAUCGACUAGCACCAGAUGGCAGAACUUGUCUAAUGGUGACAGAUGUUUGUGAAGGCACUAAGUGUUUACGUCAAGAAAAUCACCUGAAUGACACAUUGUUUGGAGAGAUGCUACAUGGGUUUGACAACAAGACACAAAGAGUUAAUCAAGGUCAAGUUUUCCAGAUGAGUUUCAGGGAGAAUAAUUUCAUUAAGGAUUUCCCACAGCUGGCAGAUGGACUACUUGUUAUCCCAUUGUCUGUAGAGGAACAGUGCAGAGGAGUGCUCUCUGAGCCCCGACCUGACAUACUACUGCUUACAGGUGAAGUGAGAUUUAACGAAGCCAUGGGAUAUCCGGUAGUCCAGCAAUGGAGAGUACGCAGCAACCUCUAUAAAGUGAAGCUCAACUCUAUCUCACUGGCCACAGGAUUUGCCAAUGUGCUGAAGAUGAUAAGUCCUCACAGUAGUCGAGAAGAGUUACAGCGCAUACUACAGAUCUAUGGCUCUCAUUACAUUUCUGAGGCACUUUAUGGGUCAGAGCUUACCUGCACCAUCCGAUUCCCUAGCAAGAAGGUCCAGCAACAACUCUGGCUUCAGUACCAAAAAGAAACCACCGAGUUGGGCAGCAAGAAGGAACUGAAGUCAAUGCCAUUCAUCACUUACCUCUCAGGGCUGCUGACAGCACAGAUGUUAUCGGAUGACCAGCUUAUUAUGGGAGUUGAAAUCCACUGUGAGGAGAAGGGGCGUUGCCCAUCCAGCUGCCAUUUGUGCCGACGAGCUGGCAAGGAGCAAGUCAGCCCGAUCCCAGUACUCCUGGAGAUAAACCGAAUCACUCCCCUUUUCAACCUAAUUCAAGAUAAUGCUACAAGAGAGGUGCUUAAAAGUGCAUUCAUGAGCUUAUAUUGGUGUUCUGGGAAGGGUGAAGUCAUUGAAGACUGGUGUCGAUGUGAUCUUGCUGCUUUUGAUGAUAAUGGAUUACCAAACUGCAGUCCUCUUCCCCCACCCAUGUUCCGUCUCUCUCCCAACAUGGAGCCCUCGAGUACCGUUGUAGCUCUUGAAUGGCUGGAUGUCCAAGCUGCUAUAGGAACCAAAGUUUCAGAUUACAUUCUCCAUCACAAGAAAGUGGAUGAAUACACAGACACAGAACUGUACACAGGAGAGUCGCUGAGCCUCACUGAUGAUUUAUUGUCUGGUUUGGGCACUGCCUGCAUUGCAGCUGGACGUAGUCAUGGAGGGACUGCAGACAACAACCUAUAUUCUGUCAUCUUUAAGUGCCUGGAAGCUGAUAGUCUUUACAAGUUCAGUCUGUUUGCUGUUGAUACUCACGGGCGGCACUCAGCACAGAGUUUGGUCACAUUACGCACUGCUUGCUCUUUGGUGGAUGACAGUAAAGCUGAAGAAAUCGCUGACAGAAUUUACACUUUGUACAAUGGAUAUACCAGUGGGAAAGAGCAGCAGAUAGCAUACAACACCUUGAUGGAAGUCUCUGCUUCAAUGCUUCUCCGAGUCCAGCAUCAUUACAAUACCCUCUAUGAGAAGUUUGGAGACUUUGUGUGGCGCAGUGAGGAUGAGCUGGGACCACGGAAAGCCCACUUGGUUCUCAGAAGACUAGAAAAAGUGAGCAGCCAUUGCUCUGGACUUCUGCGAAGUGCACAUAUCCAACGGCGGAUAGACAACAUUCCUUACCUAAUAUGUCACAGUGAGGACCUCCGAACAUCAGGCUUUGUUUUGUACAGCAUUUUGAGGGACAGCAAAUUUACAUGUGAAGAAAAAAUGGUAUCGAUGCCUCGUAAUACGUAUGGAGAUUCAAAAGGUCGAUGAGUGUGGCCAAGAAACCCUACCGUACUCUGGAUGGACUGGCAAGAGCAUUAAUGGUCAUGCCAGGGUUAUGUGAAAAGCAGUCAAGAAAAUGGUCAUAGCAACUUUUAUAAGCUAAGGACAGAUAAGGUGCUAUGAAGAUACAUAUCCAUUUUUAGGAACCUUACUGGACAAAGAAAUUUUUUUCUUUUAAUACAUAUUUUGUUAAAACCCCAAAACAAGUACCAGCAAGGCACUGCUAUACAACUUACUCCUUGGAUGGAGUUAUCCCCAAUGUAAUAUUUUAAUUUUCCUUUUGAUUUUCCAAUUUAUGUGGAAAUGAUGCAGGGAAUUUUAUAAUUUUUUUCUUGCUUUUGUAGUUCACUUAACCUGCUCAAUUUUGUGUGUAAAGUUCUACAACCUGUGUGCAUUAAACAUCUUCCUACAGAACAAA